AUGAAGAGGAAACGAAGUAAUAGUAAUGUUGGUCAUUACACCAAGAAAAAGCGUCCAUUUUCAAAACGAACGAAGAAAAACUCUAGUAUUGUUAAUUUUGAAAAGCAUGAAGAGAAAAUGAUGAAACAAAAGUCAAACGAAGAGGCAGAACGGAAAAUGUUGAAAGAACCGCAUUCCAUCAUCAUUCAUCGUGGAAAAGUUGGACAGUUUGUGCGUUCUUUGGAACAUGAUAUGCGUGUUAUUAUGGAGCCUUUUACUGCGUCAAAGCUUAGAGUGAUGAAACGGAACAAUCUAAAAGAUUUCAUCGUGAACGGUGCAGUUCUUGGCGUUACACAUUUGCUUAUAUUGACUCGUGGAGAAAACUGGAUAACAUUGAGAAUUAUUCGAUCUCCUCAAGGACCAACAUUGACCUUCCGAGUGAAAGAAUACACUCUAGCAAGGCACAUUAUUUCGGCAUCAAAGCGCAAAAUGCAUUUUCAACAAUUAUUCACUACCGUUCCACUUAUCGUGAUGAGUGGUUUCAAUUCAAACUGCGGUCAGCAUGUGCAACUUGUACAAUCUGUAUUCCAGAAUAUGUUUCCUACAGUAAAUGUUGACACAGUGGAUUUGUCUACUAUUCGACGUUGUGUGUUGAUCAACUAUAAUGUGGAUGAUGACAUUAUCCAGCUGAGACAUUAUGCAAUCAAAGCAGUUCCUGCAGGGCUAAGCAAGUCAACCAAGAAGUUAAUUCAAGGCAAGGUUCCGGACUUAUCGAAGUACAAGAAUAUCGAAGAUUACUUUUUGAACCCAGGUCAAUUGAGCGAAAGUGAGUAUGAGUUUGAACAGAAAGAGGUCAAACUACCGCAACACUUAACAACACGUGGAUGCUUAGAAGGACAGAAAACAAAUAUAAGACUUUAUGAGCUUGGUCCUCGGCUGACAUUGCAAUUAACGAAAAUCGAAGAAGAUAUUGAUGAGGGCGAAGUUCUUUAUCAUGCCUACAUCACUAAAUCUCCUAAGGAACUGAUGCAGUUAAGGAAAGAGUUGCCGAAAAAAAAGAAAUUGAAGAAAAAGAUGCAAAUGAAAAAUGAACGACGGGUCAUCCAUCGUUUAAAAACUCUGACUGAAAAGAAAGUUAAAGUAGAGAAAGCUUUAAAGGAAGAAAAGGAGAAAUUAAUAAGGAAGCAAAAAGAAGUUACUGGUGAUGAACAAUUCGAUGAUCGGCCUACAACCUAUGCGCAUGAUUAA